UUAAUGUGUCUGAUCGACUUCCGGGAAACAAGGUCUGGACACAUGUGUUCAGCGGGGAGCCUCCUGUCAGAGCACCGUGUGUCGGAGUGGACUCAGCAGAGCAGUGCGUGGUGGUGAGCGGCUGUGGAGACGGAGGAAGCGACGGUGGCCUCGGUCCGCGGGCUGUUAGCCUCAGUGUUAGCCUCAGUGUUAGCACAUGUCACCGCUCGCGUCGCACGAACGACUGGCAGGGCUUCGCUCUCAUCCUUGGUCCCACUGCUGUCUUCAUUGUGCGGUUCGUCACGAAGCUGCCCGACGAUAGCUCGCAGUUAGCAGAGUCUGUCCUGUAGCACAGCUUCGCGAACUGUAGACCGCUCCAGCCAUCGGUGGUAGCAGGCUACACUAUCUCCAGGGGAUUAGCGGGUUAAAGCGGGUUGCGUUCGCACGGUAAGUGUCAUCAUGGGCCACACCAGCCUGGAGAAGAUCAUCGCACUGCAGAGGAACCCGGCUAACAUCAGAAACCUGUGCAUCCUGGCUCAUGUCGACCACGGCAAAACUACUCUUGCUGACUGCUUAAUAGCAAGUAAUGGCAUCAUAUCCAGUCGACUGGCUGGGAAGCUCAGGUAUCUGGACAGCAGAGAGGAUGAACAGGUCAGAGGAAUCACAAUGAAGUCCAGUGCCAUCUCUCUGCACUACAGUCAUGGAGAUCAGGAGUUCUUACUAAAUCUGAUCGACUCUCCGGGUCACGUGGACUUUUCCUCGGAGGUGUCCACUGCUGUCAGGUUGUGUGAUGGUGCCAUUGUAGUUGUUGAUGCUGUAGAGGGCGUGUGUCCACAGACCCAAGCUGUAUUGCGUCAAGCAUGGCUGGAGAACAUCCGGCCUGUUCUAGUCAUCAAUAAGAUCGAUAGACUCAUCAUGGAGCUGAAGCUCAGUUCUCAGGAAGCCUACACCCACCUGCAGAAGAUUCUGGAACAGGUGAACGCAGUGACAGGUGGUUUGUUCACAUCCAAAGUGUUGGAGGAGCGAGCAGAGAAAGAGGAGGAGAAAGAGAAAGAAAGGAAUAUGGCAUGUGGUGAGCAUGUUCACGACUGGAGCGCUGGGCUGGAGGAGGCGGAUGACUCCCAACUCUACUUCUCUCCUGACCAAGGGAAUGUGGUGUUUGCCAGCGCCAUAGAUGGAUGGGGCUUCAGCAUCCAGCAGUUUGCCCAUAUCUACAGCCAGAAAAUGGGCAUUAAAGCAGCAGUGCUGCUCAAAACCCUGUGGGGAGAUUUCUACCUCAAUGCAAAAGCAAAAAAGAUCAUGAAAGGAGCUCAGGCCAAAGGAAAGAAGCCACUGUUUGUGCAGCUCGUGCUGGAUAACAUUUGGAGUUUAUAUGAUGCAGUUGUCACUCGGAGGGACAAGGAGAAGGUGGAGAAGGUUGUGACAUCACUUGGGGUAAAGGUGAUGGCCAGGGAGUCUCGUCACUCUGACCCCAAAGUCCUCUUGUCUGCCAUCUGCAGCCAGUGGUUACCGUUAUCCCAAGCUGUCCUUUCAAUGGUGUGUGAGAAGCUUCCCAGUCCCUUAGACAUGGCAGCAGAGCGAGUGGAGAAACUGAUGACUGUUGGAGCGCGACGGUUUGACUCAUUGCCCAAACAAACUCAGGAAUUGAAAAAAGCAUUCCUACAGUGUUCCAGCGGAGAAAAUUCUCCAGUUAUCGUCUUUGUGUCCAAGAUGUUUGCUGUGGACACCAAGGCCUUGCCUCAGAACAGACAGAGGCCGUUAACCCAGGAGGAGCUUGCCCAGCGCAGAGAGCUUGCUAGACAGAGACAUGCUGACAGGAUGGCAGCUGAUCAGACAGAGAGCCACAAAGACCUCACCCACACAGGGACCGUGCCACAGGAAGGCCAACCUGCAGGCCUCAGCACAGCUAAAAUGGAGAGUCUGACAUUGAAAGACUCAAAGUCAGAGGAGGAAGAGGAGCAGAAGGAGAACUUUGUCGCGUUUGCCAGGGUCUACAGCGGGGUGGUCAAGAAAGGACAGAGAGUGUUUGUGCUCGGACCAAAGUAUGACCCCACCCACGGCCUGAGAAUGCUUCCGGAGAGUUGCAGUGCUUCAGACAGUGUGUGCGAGGUGCCUCAUUUGUCCUGUUGUUCUAUGGAAAGCAUAUAUCUGCUGAUGGGCCGAGAGCUGGAAGAGCUGGAGGAGGUGCCUGCAGGAAACAUCCUAGGUGUUGGAGGUCUGCAGGAGUGGGUCUUGAAGUCAGCCACCCUGUCAACCUCCCCCGCCUGCCCACCCUUCACCCCACUCAACUUUGAGGCCACGCCCAUCGUACGGGUAGCAAUAGAACCCAAACAUCCAAGUGAGAUGCCAAAGCUAGUACGUGGAAUGCGUUUGUUGAACCAGGCGGAUCCCUGUGCUGAGGUACUGAUCCAGGAAACAGGAGAGCAUGUUCUGGUCACUGCUGGUGAGGUCCAUCUCCAACGCUGUCUGGAUGACCUCCGAGAACGGUUUGCUAAAAUUGAAAUCAGCGCAUCCAAGCCCAUCAUUCCAUUCAGGGAGACCGUGGUACGUCCUCCUAAAGUGGAUAUGGUGAAUGAAGAGAUGGGAAGGCAGCAGAAAGUAGCCAUCAUUCACCAGGUAAAAGAAGAGGUGUCACAGGGUCGAUCAUCAGACAACCUCCAUGUGGACCCCAGUGGUCUGGUGACCCUCACCACUCCCAACAAACUGGCCACUGUCAGCAUCCGGGCAAUCCCCCUGCCACAGGAGGUGACCUGUCUGUUGGAGAGUAACUCCGAGCUGAUCCGAACUCUGGAGCAGGUCAACAUGUCCCUGAGGGAGGGGAAGAGUCUGGACGUCAGCCUCGGGACCCUGGAGGCCAUAGCUGCACUCAAGACCCAGCUGGAAAGCCUACUGCAGGGGAGGAAGUGGAGGAACACUGUGGAGCAUAUCUGGGCUUUUGGUCCUCGCAGGUACGGCCCCAACAUUCUGCUGAACAGUGUGGAGGGCUACCAGCGGCCCUCAGUGUGGCAGUGUCUGAGCAGAGGGGACAAAGUAAGUGAGGCUGGAGCUCAGGCCACUGUUCUGCGAGACUUAGACAACAGCAUCGUCAGUGGCUUCCAGCUAGCAACUCUGUCAGGGCCCAUGUGUGAGGAACCCCUAAUGGGAGUUUGCUUCUCUGUUGAGAGGUGGGACAUCCAGUCUUUAGCCUUAUCUCAGAAUCAGGACUCCAUAUCUCCUGAGGAUUUAGCACACCAAAAAGUGGAAAGAAGAAGUGAGACAUCUCCACAAGCGGAGGGCUCAGCAGCAGGACCAGGCCAGGCCAGACGCAGACCAGAGACUACCACUGCAGACUGCUAUGGGCCAGUCUCUGGCCAGCUUAUCGCUGCCACUAAGGAGGCCUGCCGUCAUGCCUUCCAGGCUCAGCCUCAGAGACUCAUGGCCGCCAUGUAUACCUGUGAGAUCAUGGCCACCGCUGAGGUGUUGGGCCGUAUGUAUGGUGUACUGGGGAAACGUGAGGGUCGCAUCCUCCAUGAAGAGAUGAAGGAAGGCACAGAUAUGUUCAUCAUUAAGGCCAUUCUGCCGGUGGCUGAGAGCUUUGGAUUUGCUGAUGAGAUCCGCAAGAAGACCAGCGGAUUGGCCAGUCCACAGUUGGUCUUCAGCCACUGGGAGGUUAUAAGCAGUGACCCAUACUGGGUUCCCACCACCGAAGAAGAGUACCUGCACUUUGGAGAGAAAGCAGACUCUGCCAACCAGGCCCUCAAAUACAUGAACGCUGUCCGCCGCCGUAAAGGUCUCUACGUGGAGGAGAAGAUAGUGGAGUACGCAGAGAAGCAGAGAACUCUCAGCAAGAACAAGUAGUGGAGAUAUUGUGGUCUGAUACAGUAGCAGCAGAAAAUGUGCUGACAAGUCAGAAGAGGUAAAUGGCUUUCAUAGCCUUUCCAGUCCUCCAUUUCUACACUAAUGCAAUCAAACACCACACCGCUGUCUGUGUUUGUGUGUCACACUCUCAAAAAGCCUGCAAACAGCUUUAUCCUGUUGUCUGCAGGCCCACACUGACAGUGGUGCCAGUCGAUAGCCCCCACCCUGCAUGUCCACUUACUGCUAAUGGUUGGUGAGCUCCUCCUGUGAGACCUUGGUUAGUCCACUGGGUGGGACGGACUUGUCUUGCAUCGUGGAGUCAGUUACUGUCAUGCAUAAUUGAGGAGCUACAUUUACUCCGGGCAAAAUCUGGCAGAUUUGCUGUAGUCAAGUGGCUCAAAUUAAUUCCAUCCUUCACACACACACACUCCUUUUGACUCCUGAUUUUUAGAAUUGCAUUACACAGACCCUGAAGGUUUUUAAUUUGGAAAAUAUGAAUAUAGUGAAAAUUGGGAAACAAGGAUAGUUUUAAUCAUCUAGGAGAAGAGGGAAAGCAGCCUGCAUAGUUUACACAUCACAGCAUUCAAAUCAAUCAAUCUUUACGUUGUGAUGUUUGGUUUGACACUGGUUGUUUCAGCUCACCGUCACAAAGGCUGCCUUCAAACUGAACUUGUGAGCUUGAAACACUUGUGAAUCAUGUAGGAGGAAUGUUUGGAGUUCAAGUCAUGAGAAAACACUGCUGCUAGGUAACAGCAACCUGGACUCUACCAUUAACAUUACUGUUGACGUCUCAAAGCCACACAGGCUAACAUUUAGUAUGCUAUCAGCAGGAAAUGCAAAAACAUAAUGUCCAUGGGAAAGGAUGAGACUGGUGGAAUAUCAACUUUUUCCUCAGAUGUGUUAUACAAAUCUGAAAAAAAGAAUUAUUCCAAAGUCAUGAUGGUUGAAUGAACCUUGAAUAGAGCAGAGCAACUGUCCAAAUUAUAUUACCACCAAGUCCACAUUUCUGCAUUGAAACAUGAUAUAGAUUCUGCAUCAUGCCAUCAACCUAAUGUGUAAUUUUCUCUUGGGCAGCAUGCAGUGUGACAACCUGCCUGAUGUUCAUGCUGCAGCUGUGAGAUGUCAACAAAGGCAUCAGAGUGUCUCCACUGAAAAACAUGUCUCUGAGUUGAGAAAACAAGUCUGUCAAUAAAUCUUCUCUGAUACUGCUGUUGUUGGUCAUUAUAACAAACUGUGUAAACCAAAGGAAGAGCGAAAUGUUUUUUAAUGCAAUUGAAAUAUUGAUGCCUCUCACCAUUUGUCCUUCCUGACCAGCCCCGGUUUAUGUAAAGCUGGAAAUCAAGUAUGUUUUGCUUUAAUCCAAUUAACAAUUUGUGUUAAAAUACUGCAUAAGCAUCACUGUUUUAUAAAUUUUAAAAAUGUUGUUACAAUGGGUACCAUUAUAUAAUGCC